GAAGCACUUCCCCUGAAAUUGCUGGGAUGAGGCGUUCACGGCUGUGGGAUGAAUGAAAGUCUCAAGGGAUUUCGGCUUGCCUGCUAGAUUCAGUUGCAUCCUGUAACUAGAGAGCUUGUUAGUCCUCCUGAGCACUCCGUGGUUUUUAGUCCGUCGAACUUCGAUCUUUCCUGCGUAUCAUGGCGGGGUACGUUAGUCUCCGCGGUUCCGACGACCCGCAAGAUGAGGGUCUGCUGGGCGGCACGAGCAGCCACGCGGGCGAGGACUGGAAGGUCCGUCUCGCCACGAUGGGAAAGAAGAUGGGCGAAUCGAUGACGGCCGUCGGCGGGAAACUGACAGAAUCCAUGACGGAAAUCGGCGGCAAGAUGAAAAACAUCUUCCACACUCCUACCCUCGCGGACCGUCUAGUCGAAGAAGCAACGGACGAGAUCUUAAUCUCGCCCGACUGGGGCCGAAACCUCUUAAUCUGCGACCUGGUCAACUCGGGGAAGCUCCAGGGCGGCGAGACGGUGCGCGCGAUUAAGAAGCAGCUGGCGUCGCGGAACUCGCACGUGCAGAUGCUGGCCUUAGCGCUACUCGAGAUGGCGUGAAGAACUGCUCGUCGCUCUUCUCCGACGUGGCGAACGAACGCGUGCUGGACGACAUGGUGCGCGUGGUGG